AUGACUGGCGCCACAGCCUGGUUCAUUGUGAGCUUCCGUGGAUCGAAGCGAGACUUUGCCAUCAUCGGCAUCUCAGCCAUCUCUCUGGCAUAUAGCUUUGUCGCCAUGCUACUCACAUGCUGUCUCGCUGGCAUAUCUUUUCUCUCACUCAUUGGCGCCAUUAUCGACCUAUUCCUCUUUGCUGCCAUGAUUGCUGUGGCAGUGUUGAAUCGUGACGGUCGCUUCGGAUGCCCUUCCGGCGCGGGAACCACUUGCAGACUCUAUGUUGCGACCUUUGCCCUCGCCAUCAUUUCCCUCGUCGCCUACCUCAUCAACGCUGGGGUUUCGUACAUGAUUCGUCGUGCAGUCAAGGAGAUCAUCGCGGCGAUGCAAGCCAAGAGUCCUGUACGGAGUACUUCAAAGCCUCAGUUUGACGUACAACACCAAGCCAUUCACGCCAACAAUGCAAGCAAGCCCAAGAAGCCAAGCCCUCGUUCCAGGGAAGGCGUCCUGGGCAACUCCACCGUGCUCUGCCCUUCCGCUGGUCGUGUGGCCUUCGCCAAGACAACUCCCCCUUGCGAAGCCCCCGACUCGCGCCGUAGAAUCAUCAGAAUCCUGCCAGUCCAAAGGCUGGGCGUGUCUUGUCGCGCUUCGUCCAAUCUCCGACCCGGUUUUCUGCUUACUGCGAUCUCCGUCGUCCGUCUGCCUACUGCUCCUCCCUUGCUCUAUCAUCGCGACAACUUCUUCACUUCGGUCUCUACCUCGAUUCCCUCGCCACCGACAGUCCUCAGCGUGUGA